UCGGAGCCAGGACACAAACCGCCGCUCCCCCCGCGCAAGCAGCUCCGCAAGCGGCAGCGCGGCCGAGCACCGCGGCGGCGCCGCCGUGAUGGCAGCCGGCGCCCUCCUUCCCCCGCCCGGGAGCCGGCCGCCGAGGGCCUGCAGCCGGGGAGGGGGCGGCUCGGCGGGCGCCGCUGGCUCAGCCGAACAACAGCGCAGGGCCCGGGACGCCUCACGGCGGCCGCCGGGCGCGAGAGGCGGGGCCGGUGGAGGUCGAAGGGCAGCGGGGCGGGCGCGGCGGGACGAGAGUUGGGACCAUGGCUGUUGACUGGAUUGGUUUUGCAUAUGCUGCAUUGCUGGCUGUUGGAGGUGUUGUAGGAUACACUCGUAAAGGUAGUAAAAUCUCUUUAGCUGCUGGUCUCACCUUUGGUUCUGUGGCUGGUUACGGAGCUUACUGCAUAACACGCGAUCCAAGAAAUGUGAAGAUAUCAUUGUUUUCAGCUUUUCUUUUGACCAUUAUAAUGGGAAUGAGGUUCAAGAGGUCCAAGAAAUUAAUGCCAGCCGGACUAGUAGCAUGCCUGAGCCUUUUGAUGAUUUUGAGGCUUGUUUUUAUGCUGCUGUAGGAGAAUUUAGCAGCUUGAGAACCGAAGUAUGACUGCCAUGGCCAGCGAACAAAGAGGCAAGCUCUCCAGACUUGAAAGACAAGUUUGAACAUGAGUCUUGCCUUGCAUUUCUUUUCUGUAAAAGAUCUGUACCUGUAAUAUGAUUAUUGACAUUUGCUGAUAUUUUGAAAGCUUUUUUUAGAAACUAAAACCAAUGUUUUAUUGAGGAUAUAUUUUGAUCUACUUUCAUUUAAGCAGUCUGUUGACUCAAGAGAUCUUUCCCUGCAAGUUUGAUCUCUUUCGGGCGUGUUGAGCACCCCAAGAAAUUGAGUUAGUCUUGCACUGUAUCUCUGAGAGAAGAAUAUAUAUAAUACGUUUAUGCUAAGAAGAUGUAUUGAACCAUAAUUUUGUAGCUUCUGAGAUUAAGUAAUCAAUUCUAAUCAUAUUGUCAGUCAAUCAAUAAAGGCAUGAGCCUGUACUGUGUUGCACUAGAAAACCCACCUUUCUUUCUGACACUGGUUCUACAUGUAAAAACUAUCAUCAGUGUUCAAAUAAAACAUCAAAUGUUCAA